UCUUCAGUGACACCGGAGGUGAGUCGUUCCAAACCUAACAUGAUUUAAGAACGGAGACGAAGAAGUAGAAGCAUUUAAAAUAAAUACAUAAAGCUGGCUCACACCUUUGCGUGUUCCGUUGAGCAUGUCUUCAUCCCCGAGGCCUCGAGUUGAAUAGUUGAGACGAAGGAAAAGCAUGGCCGAGCAGAGACUGCUGUUUAUGGAUAUUGAACAGAAGUCAAACAGCUCCGCUCCAGCUGAGAGACCCCUUUGGACUCGUAGUGACAACACCUUCAGAUUCGAGUUCCUCCCCGACAACCCUCCAGCACUUCAGGAGAAAACCUCACCGGGCAGCGCCCAGCCAGCACCCAGACAGAUAUCCUUUACCGGAGAGGGCUCUGCUUUUGCCUUCAACUUCCAAGUCCCUGGUGUCACACCGGAACAAGACAUGGAGACGGCAGGAAACCCAGACGCAUGCUCUCGGGGAAGCCAAGGUUGUAUCGGAGAGGAAAAGCCUUCCUCGCUGCAGGAGGUUAACUCUUCACCUGAGCUGUCGGUGCAAUCCAAAGUGAAGAAGAAGAAGAAGAAGAAAUCUGGUAAAACAAAAGUCCUAGAAAGCACUGAGGCACAACAGAAGCCAGCUGAGGGGAGUCAAGGAGGUGAAGAUACAGAGCUGAGUGCAGAAGAGCAGCUGAACAGACAGCUGGACUGGUGCAUUGAGCACCUGGAGAAGGGGAUGAGAUCCCAGAAGGGCACACCGAAACAGAAGGAAGAAGCAUCUCAUGCCCUGAAGACUCUGCGUAGCUCCAAAGCUCCCCUGGUCAAGAAGAGGCAGGUGAUGAGAGCCAUGACUGGAGAGUAUAGGAAAAAAAUGGAAGAAGAGAAGAACAAGCAGUUCAAGCUCAUUCAGAGUGAACUGGCAUCAGCUCAGGUCAAAGUUGUGUCAGAUUCCCCCAAGAGGUCUGUUUUCCACCAGAGAGCCAAAGUCAAAAGCCAGACCCCAGCCGCAGAGGACAGCCCGCAGCAAGCUGAAGCCCAGCAAACAGACCUGACAACUCAGACUCAGGAGAAGACGUCAGCUUUUGUCUUCACUCCAUCGAAGGAAGAGUUUCGCUUCAAUUUUCUCUGAUUUUUAGCCCUGAAGACAAACUUUUCACCGUAGCCAGGUUCUGUCAGACUGUGCCUGGGUCGUCUCGUCUGAGCCGGACAUUUUUUGUGGAACGCAAACAAUUGGAGAUAAUGGGAGGGAAAACAAUUUACAAUCAUACUUGCUAUUAUAUAAAACACUUGACUGAUUGCUGCCUGGACCUUAUUUCAAAAUAAAUAAUUUUGUAUUAUUA